AUGUUCAUUAGAAUUUUAUAUUUUUUGUGGAUUCUUCAACACUUUGCGUAUGUUGCUUCGUUGAGGAAAAAAGGGAAUUUCUUACACGCUUUUGUGAAAAUGAACAAUCCGGUUAAUAUAAAAAACUUAAGAGAUGUUAAAGAGAAGGUUAAAUAUGAAAAAAAAACACACUGCCUUGUAUUAAAAAAAUCUAAAACUAAUACUAUAUUAAAAAAUAAGUAUACAAAAUGUUGGCUUAUGAAUGUAUUCAAAUUUCCAUCUGUGCUAAAAUUUGUGGAAUACCAAAAAGCCCUUAUUGAUUCUGGGGUCUAUAACAAGGAAUUGAUGUCCCUCAUUCAUACAUAUUUGGAAAAAUUGGAGGUAGGAACUAGGUCAAUGAAAAACCACGCAAGUGGGCUCACGCAUGACCAGACGAUCGAUAUGGUAAAAUGUGAAACAGCAGAUGUGCUAAAGUGUGAAACAGACGAUAUGGUAAAAUACGCGACGAUCGGUCAGAUUGGUGACCAUGCAACCGAUGCAGUGAUAAAUGCAGCAGGAAUAGACGAAGGAGAACUUAGACUAAUCCCACUUAAUGAACAUUUCAAUAAAACAUUACAUGAGUUGAUGGAAAGAGAAGGAAAGGGAAUUAUGAACGGAAUUGAUAUUUCACCAGAUGAAGGAGAGUUCCAGAGUGACGAGGAGAAAAAAGAAUCUGCUAGUUUAAGAAGAGAGAGGAAAUAUUGGAACCUGAUUAAUAAUGAAGAGAAUAAUAUAAAAAAGGAAAAGUACCAAAUGUUGAAGGAUGUUAAUAAGUGGCCAGAGGACAGCAUUCUAAAUGAUUCUUCUAACCGAAUGAAAUAUUUAACAGAACUGUUUUACCUGAUAAAAAAAGAAGAUAUAAAAUUGAGUGUGAUUCGAUUAGAAUUUGGGUACGACAAUAUGAACACAUCAGAAAUAUUGAAAAAGAUAUUUCCAUCAGGAAAUGAAAUAAUUCAUAAGUAUGAAAUGAUCGGACAUAUUGCUCAUUUGAAUUUUUGUGAAAAGUUUGAAGAUUACAAAAAAGUGAUAGCUGAAAUUAUUUUGGAUAAAAAUAAAAGCAUCAAAACUGUGAUAAAUAAAAAAGAAAUGCUGAACAAUGUACAUAGGACAUUUAAUAUGGAAUUAUUAGCAGGUGAAAAAAAUUACCUCACCAUGUUAAAAGAAAACGAUAUAAAAAUAAAAUUAAAUUAUGAAUUAAUUUAUUGGAAUUCCAAAUUAAAAAAAGAAAGAGAUCGUAUUUAUGAUCUUGUUAAAAAAAAUUCUAUAAUUAUAGAUAUGUUUGGAGGAGUUGGAAUUUUUAGUUUACAUCUCAGUAAAAAAAAUUGUUUAUGUUUUUCAAAUGAUAUUAAUGAGCAUGCAUAUAACUAUAUGAACAUUAAUGUAAAAUUGAAUAAAAGAAAAAACAUUCUCACCUACAAUUUAGAUGCAACAGCAUUUAUAGAUAUGUUAAUCCUUUUAAACCUGUUUUCAAACGAUGCAUCUACCUUAACAAUACAUCUAAAUGAACAAAAUAUCAAAAAUAUAUCCCUCGAUUUUAUCAAUUCAGUGCAUGAACAAACUAAUGAUAAUAUCAAAAAGAAGAAGAGUGCUACUACAGGAACUUCAAACAAAACACCUGACCUGGUAAGUGAAAAAAAAGACGCAUAUCAUGAUGUCUUAGAUAAAAAAAUAAAAAUCACUUCUGGUGACACAAACAAAUUUGCAGAUGAGCAAGAUAACAAUCGAUACAUUUGCCAUAAGGAUGGAUUAGAACCCAUUCACGACGUUCAGAAAAUUUCACAGAAUAGCUUAUCACCACAGGAGGAAAGGGCUUCAUGUCAAUUAUUCAUAAAGGACGAUGCAGAAAAGGCAAUUAAUGGUGAACUCAAAAAUGAUCUACACAAAGUAGAGAUAAAUUUGAAACAUUACGGAGAUAUUCACGUGUUGAUGAAUUUGCCCCAAACAGCUUUUAAAUUCUUAGAUGUGUUCAGAAAAAUUAAAAAUAUUUACAGUGUCCAUAAAACGGAUACUCAAGACAAAUAUGUAAAAGACAAAAUGAGGAAUGUGUUCAUACAUUGUUACUAUUUUUCAAAGCCAGAAUUUUUUUAUGAAGACGCUGAAAGAAACAUAAGGUUGCAAUUAAAGGGGAUCCCAAGAGAAAUGAAAAUUACUGAAAUUAGGAAAGUCUCUCCAAGCAAACUCAUGUAUGUGGUAGAGUUCAACUUAAAGGACAUUGUGGGCACAGAAUGA